AUGGCGUCUUCUUUACCAGAUUCCAGUACAAAAAGAGCGCAAGUUUGCCUUAAUGUGAAAUGUUAUUUCUGCAGAAACUUUUUGGCUGCAAAGUGGAAGUGCUUGAACUGUAAAAUAAUUAUGUGUGAAAAAUGUAAGGUGGCUGAACAUUCUAAGAAUGCAAAUUCACUGAAACACAAUAUAGUCGAUAUAAAAGAAGACGGAGAUAUACACGCUAUUCCAUGCGACAAACAUGGUGAUAAACUAUGUUACAGUUAUUGCAGAAAUUGUGAGGAGAUAAUAUGCAAAGAAUGUUUAGUUAACUCUCAUCUCGAACAUUCAAAGGCAGACAUACAAACCAUUUAUAACGAACGACUUCAAUAUUUUCGGAAACAGUUUUCACCUGAAGUUAACCCAAAGGCUUUCAGUUUCAUAUUUGGAUAUUUUAACAGACUUGAUGUUUCUCAAAAAGCAAUGGAUAUAACUUUGAAACUAAGAAACAUAAUAGGAACCAAUCUCUCGUUCAUCAGUCCCAUUUUAAGAACAACAAACUCUCUGUGGAUCAGCUGUUGGAAAGACCAGUCCUUAAACGAAUUAGGAAUUGGGUCAGAAAUAACAAACCUUCGAACUUACAGUGAUAAAAAAGUCUACGAUAUAACAAUGUCCAAUGACGGAGAACUGCUAACGUUUGUUGCAGACAGUUGUCUAUAUCAUCUUAUUGAUCAUUUAAACAUUGUUCAUGAUUUUAGCCCACUCUUAGCCAAGGCAGUUCAUGCCACAAGUUCCAACAUUAUUGUUAGUACUCAGGAUAAAAAGGGUGCUUUUCCAAUUACGGAACAUAGUAGACGUCAGAUUGUUAUUCUUGAACUAGAUGGAAAGACAGUUCUCAAUAUUAUAGAAUACAAUGAACAGAAAACACCACUAUUUUCCCUUCCAAACAGAAUAACAACUAACAUGAAAGGUGAUAUUUUGGUUAUAGAUACUUUAUCAAUGAGUGACCUUGGAAAGAUCAUAUGUCUUGACAAAGUGAAAGGAAAUGUCAAAUGGAGUUAUCGGGGAUAUCCUAACGUAAAUGAUGCACAUGGCGAUAAUAGCUUCAGUCCAUUUGAUUUCGCCGUUACCCCAGUUGGAAAUAUAGUUGUGGCCGAUACAAUUAAUAGCGCUUUGCAUUUUUUAUCGGAAGCUGGCAUAAUACUGAAAUGUUUCUUAACAUUGUCAAUGAAUAUUAAACUGCCAUGUAGUUUGGAUAUUGAUAGUGAUGAAAUGCUUUGGGUAGGAUCUAAUGGAUACGAGGGUCAAUCAGGAAAUGCUAAGAUUCAGGUUCUUAAAUAUAGCGGCUGUUAA